AUGAUGAGAAUGCUUCUACAACACGCAAAGCGUCACAUGAUACGCACCUUCGGAACCCUAUCUUCGGUGAAUCAAACUUCGCAGCAUCGUCUGAAAAAAGCCCUUGACCGGAAUCCACUAGUCAUCCCGGUGCUACAACAGUGGCGAGUCAUCAUCAAAAAGCUUCGUGAUUCCGACCAGUCUCUCCAAGCCCUUCAGGUUUCAGAGUGGAUGGAUGAAAAAGGGCUUGUAAUUUUUUUUCCGGAAGAUUAUGCAGCUCGGCUUCAUAUGGUUGAAGUUGUGUUGGGUCUGGAACAAGCAGAGAAGUUUUUCGAAAACAUACCUGAGAACAUGAGGGAUUACACAGUCUACUCAGCACUCUUAAGCUCUUACACAAAGUCUGACAAACAUUUGGGUAAGGCCAAGGCAACGUUUGAGAAGAUGAGAGAGUUAGGUUUCCUCAUGAAACCUUCACCGUUCAACUCCAUGCUCUCUCUCCAAAGUCAAGAAAACAUGGUCGAGGAGCUUCUUCGUGAUAUGGAAGAGAACAACGUGGCUCCAGAUAGUCUCAUGGUGAACAAAGUCUUGAGAAUAUAUGCGGCUGAGGAAAACGUAGAAGCUAUGGAAACGUUUAUGAAAAUGUGGAGUGAAGAAGAAGGGAUCAAACUAGAAAGAGAGACCAUGGUUGUAGUUGCAAAGGCUUACGCAAAAGCCGGAUUAACGAAGGAAGCUAUAGAGAUGUAUGGUGGUGUCUCAGGGAGUAAAAGAGAAGUGUACCGUCUUUGGAACGAAUGUAAGAAGAAUGAGAAAUUGGAGAAUGAUGGGUAUAAAACUGUUAUUGGUUCUUUGCUGAAGCUGGACGAUGUAGAAGGAGCAGAGAAGGUAUUUGGUGAGUGGAAACCGGUUGGACCGAAGCUGGACUUGAGCAUACCUGGUUUUGCUGAUUUCUCGGUUUUGUGCAGAAGGAAACGAAUUGAAAGUUGGGGAGUUGAUAAGUUCGAUUGGAAAGAAGAGAAAUGCGAUGCACUUAAGGUUUGGGAUGGCUUUUAUAGUCAGGGUCAUGAAAGGUGUUGGUAG